GCCCAAAUUUUUCUGUUUCAUACUUUUGUACAAUGAUUCUGCUUUUUAUACGACAGGGUAAAUAAAAUUCUGCAUUGUUCAUAAUUUGUCUUAAGUUACGAGUAGUUUGGUCUGUACUUCCGGUCAGCCAUAACAUGCUGUAUUCUGAUUUCGCCUUGUUAAAUCUUAUGUUGGACACGGAUACAGAGUCGUUGGUAAAGAUAAUGACUAUCUAAUGGGAAUACAGAAGGAAUACGUUACUGUAUAUCUGUGUAAUAUAUUUAUUGUUAAGAGAAAAUACGUUAUGUUGAGAUCAGAAUUGUUGAAAAGUGGAAGGCUAUCAAGAUGUCACCAUUCAGGCAGUGUUAGCUGUAAUAACCAGUGUGUUGUGUUUAUCCAAAUUGUUUGACUGUAACAGAGUGAUGUAAGACAUGUAUAUUUACGGUAGACAGAAUAAGGUUGACAUUACAAGUUCACAAAUAUAAUUGAUUUCUUUGAAGAAAAUAUAUAUUCCAUUUUGGAAUUUGUUGAAAGAAAUGCUUUUGUUAUUGUAUUUGUCUUAGAGAAAUCAAUGUCUGUUAAAGUGUUAUUAAUUGCAUUAGGUUUGCAAUGGAGAAAAAACGUUACAAAUGUGAUAUUUGUGAGAAAGAAUUUUCUCACAAUUAUAGAUUAUCAAAUCACAAGCGCAUUCAUUCAGGAGAACACUUAUAUAACUGUGAAAUCUGUGGCAAAGGAUUUUCUUUCAGAAGUGCCUUAACAGAUCAUGUUCGUACUCACACUGGAGACAAACCAUAUGUUUGUAAGAUCUGUGGGAGAGCAUUUUCUCGUCGCAAUAAUUUAGCAACACACAGCAAUAUUCACUCUGAAAAUAAGGUAUACCAAUGUGAUAUUUGUGGGAAAAAACUUUCUUGUAGACGUUCUUUAACAGAGCAUAUGCGUACUCAUACAGGGGAAAAACCAUAUCAGUGUGAUAAAUGUGAUAAAUCCUUUUCACGUAGUGGAGAGUUAUCACUUCAUAAGCAUAUUCACACAGACGGAACACCAUACCGCUGUAAAUUUUGUGGAUUAGCAUUUACUCAUAAGACUUUGUUAUCACAUCAUAAAGUCAUUCACACUGGAAAAGACAUAUACUCCUGUGAAAAUUGUGGCAAAACAUUCUCUAGCUGGAUUCCUUUUAAACGUCAUAGACUUAUUCACAAUGCUAAAAAAUACAAAUGUGAAAUCUGUGGUAAAGCAUUUUCUUGUAAGAAUAUAUUAUCUUAUCACAAACGUAUUCACUCAGGAGACAAGGCAUUUCAAUGUGAAAUUUGUGGGAAAACAUUUUCUUUUAAUUAUCGGUUGUUGCUUCAUAAAACUGUCCACACAGGAUAUCCGUUCCGCUGUGAGACCUGUGGGAAAUCUUUUUUUUCUAACAAUUAUUUAAAAGACCAUAAACGUAUUCAUACUGGAGAAAAACCACACCAAUGUGAUAUCUGUGGCAAAUCUUUUUCUUGUAAGAGUAACUUAUCAUUUCAUAAACGUAACCAUAACUUAAAUAAAUCUUUGCAGUGUAAAAUUUGUGAGAAAACAUUUUCUUAUUCUUACCAAUUAUCAAAUCAUGAAUGUACUCACACAGAUGAAAAAUAUUUCUGUGAAAUAUGUGGUAAAGAAUUUUCUAGUAACCAUAAAUUGUUAAACCAUAAGCGUACUCAUGUAAGUGAAAAACCAUAUGAGUGUGACAUCUGUGGGAAAUCAUUUUCAUUUAAUUAUAAAUUAACUGUUCACAAAUAUACCCACACAGGAGAAAAGCCACACCAAUGUGAAAUUUGUGGAAAAUCAUUUGCAUACAAUUAUAAACUAACGAAUCAUGUACGUAGUCACACAGGAGAAAAGCCAUUCAAUUGUGAUAUAUGUGAGAAAUCUUAUUCUACAUGCAGCCUCUUAACAGAUCAUCAACGUAUUCACACAGGAGAAAAACCUUACGUCUGUGACAUUUGUGAUGAAGCAUUUCCUAGUAGUAAGAAAUUAUUGCAUCACAAACAUCUUCAUACAGGAGAGAAACCAUAUCAUUGUGACAUAUGUGGGAAUGGAUUUUCUCAUCCUUCUGGUGUAUCCGUUCAUAAACGUAUUAUCCACGAUGGAGUAAAACCAUACCCCUGUGACUUGUGUGGGGAAGCAUUCCUUACUCGUAGAAAAUUAUCACACCAUAAACGUAUUCAUACUACAAAUUCAUCAUCAUUAUCAUUGUCAUCUUCAUUACCAUCUUCAUCAUCAUCAUCAUCAUCAUCAUCAUCAUCAUGUGAAUAUAAAAAUUGUCUUCAGACUGUAGAGAAUGUAGAACAUUGAAGUUGUUGUUUUUCAAAACUAUAUAAAUCUUUUAAAAUGUAUGGAGGUGAAUGUUGUUAUUAAGUUGUUUGUGUAAACCUUCUUCAUUGGUAUGGUACUUGAUUCCACAUCUUGCCUUCCAUCUGCUCUAUUUAACAUCGUAUUAAUGUUUUAUUAACCUAUAACAUCAUACUAUUGCCGCCUGUAGUUUCCAUAGUGAGACAGUAAUGAGGCUAAAAUAUCACACUACUUCCUUUUCUUAUUUCUCCCAGUGUUUCUCAUUCUAUUUUGUUUAAGAGACAGUUGGGUAAUGUGCGUAAGUCUUGGAGGUACUCUCAGACUGGUGAGGUUGACAUGCUUAACUUCAAUUUCUGCAAGUCACUGUCAGGAAAACAUAUAGUGGGAGCAUGUAUCAAGUGUUUUACAACUCUGAAGAGAAAGGUUUGGGAGGUAAGUAAAGCAAAGUAAGGAUAAUAAGAGAUGUAGCGAUAAGUAGAAGUGAUUUCUAGUUUCCUUUUAAAAGAUCAGCAUCUGUUUUUGGUAAGAAAAGAAAGACAAAGAAAAACAUGCAGUUCGGUGGUGAGUUAGUGAAUGAUAGUUUAUCUAUCAUUCUGAUGAUCUCUUUAGACAUGAUCCACAAUGUUUUAUAUGAAGCAGCUGUGCAACAAAUAAUUGAUGAAUAUAUUUCCUAAUAAACAGGUUAUUUCUAGCCUUAUAUUUUCUAUUA